UCGUUGACUAAGUGUUGUGCUUAUUAUUUUAUUUCUUAUAUUCUAUUUAAACUGUAUUUUUUAAAAAUUUGAUUUUUAAGUUAUGGAAUUUAUUAAAUCUAAUAAAAAUAAACUUUUACUCGUGUAUUAUAGUUAUGCUUAUAGAGAGGAAAAAAUAUACAAGGAAUCGAAGUAUUGGAAAUGUAUAGAUAUGCAAUGUAAAGGUCGAUUAACAACUACAAGUGAUAAUAAAAUUAAAAAAGAGCCUUCAGAGCAUAACCACGUUCCAGAUAUAUGCAAGUUAGAAGUAAAAAAAGAAGUCGAGAGAAUGAAAUCCCAAUCAUUGUCGUCACAAGAUAACCCUCAACAAAUAAUCGCUUCAUCGCAAUUAAAUCCAAUGAUAUCAGGUGCAUUACCCGAAAUAUCUAAUUUAAAACACACGUUAAGAAGAGUACGACAACGUAAUGAUUGCGCACCGCCGAAUCCUCAGUCACUUUUUAACCUCCAAAUACCUGAAAGGUAUACUUUAACUAAAGAUGGAAAGCAAUUCAUGCAGUACGAUAGCGGUCCAUCAGAUGAACGUAUUUUAAUAUUUUUUACUAGACAAAAUCUAGAAUUAAUGGGAAAAUGUAAUAAUUGGUUCGUUGAUGGUACAUUUAAGUGCACUCCGACACUUUUUACUCAAAUUUACACAAUACAUGUAUUGACAACCAAUUCGUUGAUACCUGCUGUUUACGCUUUAUUACCAAAUAAAUCACAAAAAACAUAUGUACACCUCCUUAAUCAAUUAAAAAAAAUUAAAUCAACUUUAUCACCAAAAUUAAUUAUGUCAGAUUUUGAAAUGGCAUCAAUUAAUGCAUUUAAAGAAGUAUUUCCAAAUGUAAAACAAAAAGGAUGCCAUUUCCAUUUUUCCCAAUGUAUUUGGCGUAAAAUACAACAAAUUCAAUAUAUGGCCCAAAAAUAUAUAUCAGAUUCGACAUUUGCAUUACAGAUACGGCUCUUAUUAGCAUUAGCAUAUGUACCAGAAAAUCAUGUGAUAGAUGCGUUUGAAGAAUUAAUAGAUUCACAAUACUACACAGAUAACGAAAAAAUUUUGCAACCACUUAUUGACUACUUUGAAGACACCUGGGUAGGCCGUCCAAUGGGUCGAAGAAAAGGUCGUAGAUUACCAAAGUAUUCAAUAAGUUUAUGGAAUUGUUACGAAUCAGCAAGUACUUUAUUGCCAAGGACUAACAAUGCAGUAGAGGGUUGGCAUAGAGGUUUCAGUUCAUUACUUGGUGCAUAUCAUCCAACAUUAUGGACAUUUAUCGAUGUGUUAAAAGAUCAACAACAUUUAGAGGACAUUAAACAGGAACAGUUCAUUGCUGGUGCCAAAAAACAUCAAAAAAAAAAAUAUAAAGAUUGUUCAGAAAAAAUACGUAAUUUAACCUUAUCCUACAAUACUAACGACAACAUUAAUUAUUUAAAAGGUAUCGCUUACAACUUAACUUUACAAAUGUAA